GCGCGCAGCAUUCAAAUGCAGGUCGACCCGGAUGCUCCUGGGAACACGUCAGACUUGCAUUCUCCAGAUGCAGGGACUCUACGGGCGGUACUCCGAAAAUCCUCAAGGUCUUCUACCAGGGCGACACGUAUUCGCUUCGAGAUGAGAUGAGAAGAGAAUCCUGCAGAUCGGGGCAAGUAGUUGGAGGGAAUGAGGCUGAAGGGAUGGACGCAGUCCGCGACAUCUCUGGCGGGGAGCCGACUUCUUCGGAAAAGAAACGCGAGCGACAGAGGAUGGUGCGAGAAGAGGUGGCGGAAGAAACCCGCCGCAUGAAGAGGAUGAAAGGACACUCGGAGCUGAUGAUUGGCGUGGAUGGAGGUGACGUCGGAGAACGUGCCUCGGGAAAGAGGACGCCAGGGAUGCGUGGCGGACAAGAACAAGGAGCCGAAAAGAGGCUGUGGAAGGAAGAGGGUGCAUCGGCAAGUAAGAAAGCGAGGAGGCCCGACGGUUUGACCAUCCGCGAAGGACAAGCUAUGGGUGGAGGAGAUUCGGCUCAUCUAGACGCUGCCGCCACGAGAGAACCUUCAGAGAAAUCCAAGAGGAAACUGGCAGCUGAAGAAGGCGAUGGCCAGAAGAAACCUCGCAGGACGAAGAGUGCUGAGGCGGCGAGCGGUGGCGAACGGGCUGUCGGUGGGCGGUACGACGAAGCGACAACGUUCUGGCUCGAAUACGAGCGGAACGAUGAUGGUGAGAUCGUGGAGAAGGAGCUCUCCGUUCAACUUCUCAUCGACCCAAGGAAGUUCCACGAGGAAAAGGGGAAGAUCUGGAUAAAAAACCCUUUGGUUCUAGCACCCAUCUACAAGCCGGUGACGCAUAGGCCGGAGAAAGCUAAGAGGGUUCACAAACACGUCUUCAAGUCAGAGGACAAGGACAAGUACUUCUAUUACCCUGUCAACGGACAACACACCGUGGCUGCUGUGAAGGAGUUGGACGGUGAGCCAAUAAUCGAAUUGUGGAAGAUGCACUCGUGGCCGGCGAGAGUCGUCUGGUUCUCCGACGAAGACUUCAGGGGGUAUUUGCAGGUCAGUCUCACGGAGAACACAAGACACAAGAUGUCUAAGCAGUGUGCACAGAAGAGCGCUUUCGAGGACAUGCUGGAGGCACGGGAGAAUAAAGGAAUUUCGGUGGCCAUUCAAGGGAACCCUUAUGGCAAGGAGGCCGAAAAACAAACGUUUUUUGAGUUCCAAAAGCUGCUUUUGGGAAAAAGUCCGAACGGGGCACACUGGACGAUGGCAUGCAAAGCGACAACGCUCGCCGACAAGGAGCACGUCGCUGCCAUUGGCAAUGCAUUGAGGCAGUGGAUGCCGCUCGUGACGGUCGGUGAUGACGUUUUCCGCAAAGGCAUGGAGUUCUACGAGAAAUGGGACGAGGGAAAGUUGUUGAGUGGCGACGGGAAGACGCCCUUGUCGAAGCCGGGCAAAUACAUGCCAGACAAAGCUUCGGGUCUUCAAGCAAUUCCGGAAAUGGGCACGAAAGGGGCGGCUGGUGAAAUGAAGAUGGGGUGGCUGGUCCGGGUCCCGCCGCCUCCGACCAAAAAGAAAACGCAAGCGGACGACAAUUUUUUCGUCGUCGUGAGAGAGUCAGACAUGUUCUGUUGGCAGUGUCUCGCCGACAUGACCGAUGCCGAAAAACUGUCGAUCCUCGACGACAUUCUCGCACUUAGGGGAGUGUUCGUGCAAUCGGCGGGCGGACAUCUGAAACGUCAACAUAAGCCUGGAAUUAAAGACAUGGUCGAGACGAGGAAAGUGAACCGCAUGAUGGUCCGCAUGUUUCAUUACAUCUUGUUCCUUGAAACGGAGGAGGACGCAGAGGUUUGGCGCUACGGGAGGCUUUUUUUCCGGACCGAGGGGCAACUGCUAGCGGAGUUCGGGCCGCAGGGCGUCACGAAACAGGUGUGGGUCGAACUGCGAAAGCAUUUCGAGGGCGCGGUGGAGUACUUUGAACACUUGCAAACGUUCACUAAAUCUUUCGAAAAGUUCGUCCGUUCUAUCUUACAAUGGACGGAAGAAGAAGUUCGAGACACGAUCAGGGUCAGCGGGGAUGUGAGGCACAUCAAAUGGCACAAGCUCAACCGGGUGACCAGCCUUAUUCCUUUCAGUUGCCCGCCUUCCGAAGCCCACAGUCGUCUCACUGAGAUCCUCGAGAUUGUGCGGCAUUACGUGUGCAACCUGUACGUUCUCGAUUUGUGUGAUCCCACACUCCUCUCAGACCAGCGAGAAGACGAUUUCGCCUCCUUGCAAGGCGUUCUCCAAACACUAUCGCCAACGCACUGGGCACUUGUGGUCUUCUUCCCCUCUCGUUCGGAGCUCAGUUUCUUAAAAGGCAUGGCCAGGCUUAGCGUCCAUCACGUCAGGACAGGGAAGUGGGUGCGCCAUGCACAAAGGCAGGCCACUGUCCGGGAAGGCAAUAUGCUGGUUGAGGAGUGUGAUCGCCUGUACAUGAUUUUCAAUGGCGAGAACCUGACAGACAACACAGUCGCAGUCUUUCCGGUCAGUAGCCCGACAAAGGCUCCCCGUGCUCAUGGUCCAAGUCCGGCCAAACACGCGGUGGCGACCCGCUCGAAAGCUGUCUGUUCGUCGGACCCAUCAGGACAGGCUGUGGCGUGUUUCGACGUGGCGGACGAGGACAGGUUCCCUCGUAGCCAGUGGGAGGUCGGCGGCGUGACAAGUGUUCGUGGACCUGCUUACGGGGACAGGGAGCGGAUCCUGUCCCAUCUACUUGGUCUACUCGAAAACUUUUGUAGAGUUGGGCAAACUGUUUUUUCCUUUGGGAAGGCGCAUGCGUCUAUUGUGUGGGAGCCCCUGCGCAACGGUAGGAACGUCGUCGCGUUGGAGGACGAGAAGAAGAUGAUCGAUUACCUUAACGAGUUCGUGAAGACAUGCGUGGAAGACCCUCGCAAUAAUUGCUCUAAUGUCCAGACCACCGGCGAACGGAACUGGGAUCCCAAACGUGACAGGUAUUGGAAAUUGUCGGGGAACAAAUGGACGAAGGUUUGGGACUUCCUUUUCCAACCUGGACCGCCUGCUCAGACCGACCUCGAAUACAAUCGACGGAGAAACCUGGUGUUCGGUGUGCUGAAUGGGUACCACGAUGUUCCCAGGGAGUCUGUCUCGAAUUUCCUGAGAAGGUUGGAGCACGUUUUCUUCUUGAUGGCCGAACCGCUCACCCUCGAAAACUACAAGGCGCAGUUUGAUGAGGAGGACCCUUUCGACGCUGAAGACAUGGAGGAGCUGAGCGACUCCGAAACCUUCAAUUUCGAGUCCAUGCAACUUCCUCGGGUGGUUGGACAGGUUGGUGAUGAAGGGGAAGGUGGUCCUCAGAGAUAUAGCACGUCCCUUGUUGAUUUGAAGCGUGUGUUUGGGCGCGAAAGAGUCGACGAGUCGACGACCAAUCGUCUGAUGACGGGGAGGAAGAGAGAGACUAUGAUUACGAACCUUGUGAGAAGCUCCCUGGGGACCAUGAUACCUGGGAGAAUGACAGACUCUUCUUCUUCGGCAAGCAUCACCGGUUCACGCCGGAGGAUGUCUGGGGACACAACGUCGUCUGGCACCCGGGGAUAUUCCAACCUGCUGUAAAGAAUGGAAAGUGGGUCAUGGCAAUAAAGGAAGCCGAUGGCA